UGAGUGCAACCCGUAAAGUCUUCCGGCAUGGUGCAGCGGUGAAUUAUGUCCGUGUUUGUCAAGAAAAGGAUUUCUGGGCCCGGGGAAGAGGGUGAGGAGAGGAGGACCCAAUUUCGAAACGAUCAAAGAUGCUUCUUCGGCAGACCAGGUCAAGGAGGAUCCUGUGAUGGCGGCGGUGGGCAUGUCUGACCUGUCUGAUGAGAUUCUUCUGUACAUCCUGCGGCAUGUGCCCGUAUGUGACUUGCUUACCAAUGUGGCGCCCGUCUGCCAACGGCUCCAGACGCUCUGCUGUGACAAGAGCCUCCUGUCACACGUAUGCCUGUCUGAGGAGUACACGAUGGAUGAUCAGACUGUUCGCCACACGCUGCGGCAGCUCUCCAAUCACGUGCAGUCCUUGAGCCUUAACGGCGUCUACUGGCUGAGCAGCAGCGUCGUGGAUUGCGUAGGCCGCUGCAAGGCGGUGACGCAUCUGGACGUCAGCGGGUGCCGGCUGACGGCGCUGCGCCUCUCUCGCCUUCUGGCCUCGCUACCCCUGCUGCGCUCGUUGGCCUUUGACGUGCAGCCGGGCUUCGACGCUGGCAAGCUCGCAGGAGAGGCGGUGGACCGACUCAGCCGCCUAGCUGAGCUGCGGCAGACGCUGCUGACGCCCAGCUAUGGCGUGGUGCCCUGCUGCGCUAAGCUACGCAAGUUGAUGCUGCAGUUCGACAUCUCAGACGUGACCAGGGAGGGCAUCGGCGUCAGCUGCCACCUGAUGGUGGGUCAGAGCAGUGUGCCGCACUACGAGCAACUGGAGGAGUUCAGCGCCAGACUGGCUCCAGGAGAGGUGAAUCAGACAUUGCUGCUACUCUACCUGGCCGUGUUCAGUGUUCACAUUCCGGAGCGCCUCCGGGUUUUCCUGGUGUCUGUCCCCGGCCCCAAUCCGGCCCACUGGUCCGCUGCUCCGUCGCUAGCCCAGAGCCUGGGCCUCCGUGGUGACUUGGAGGCCCUGCAGCUGCCUCGCUCUUGGCUGGACCCCUCAUCACUGAAGCAGGUGCUGGCGGGCAACAGCCCCAAGCACCUGAGCUUCAGCCGCUGCCCUGUCCUCUGGCCACAGGUUUUCCAGUCCCUGCUGGAGGGUGGCGUGCAGGAUGCCUCGCGGCUACUGAGCCUCAACCUUAGCGGCAUCAACCACGUGCCGUACUCGGAGUGUCGCAGUGCAGAGGACCAACAGCUCCCUGCCAACAUGAGCCGGCUGGCAUCCAGCUGCGUCAACCUCCGCCACUUGAACUUGAUGCACACACACUACCACCAUGGGCACGCUUGUACCCUACUGCCACCCGCACCCCAUUUGUGUGCCAGCCUCGCUCAACUCCAGCACCUUCGCUCGCUGACCUUAACCGCCUGCGCCCUUUCGGACGGCGUCCAGUCACAUCAUAGUGUGGCGCAGAACUCGUCUCCCUUACUUCUGCGUGGCUUGAAGAAACUCCCUCGAGUGGGCUUCCAGAACUACAAAGUUGGUUCUGAAGUGGGAACCCAAGGGGACACAACCUCGGGAAUUAGCCAGCUGGCUGCGGGAUGUCAUUCCCUGGAGACCUUGGAGCUUAUCGGGCCAGGUUUCGUCUCUGCUCUUCCCCGCCUGGAGCCGUGCACCCGUGCAAGCAUGGAGCCCCGUGGCAUGUGCGCGUUGGCCCGGGGGGUCGGCGACGCCCACUUGGCAGCGCUAGGCGGGUUGCCGAAGUUACGCCGCCUGACUCUAGCCGGUCUGCCCGGUGUCUUGAGGGGCACGGGUUUGGCCCACCUCGUGACUCAGUGCAAGGACCUGCAGGUCUUGUCGCUCGCCAACAUUGGCACGCUAAAAAUUAUGAACUAUAACGCCACUCUGCUGGAGGCACUCAGACGCUGCACCCAGCUCCGAGAACUCAGGUUAGAGCAGCCCUACUUGAACGCCAACUCGUCCUUCUUUGAUGCGCUCUCCUGCUGCCGCAGCCUGCAGCGCUUCUGCCUCAUCUCGCGCAAUGGCUCUUUUGAAGCGGCUGCAGCGGAGUCAUUCAUGGAGCGCUCCAACCGCGUGGUCAUGUGCCACAUGUUCACCGGGGGUACGUUGGUGGCCUGCCGGAAUCUGCAGAAAACCCUCCUUGACAGGUUUUUACCUGAGCGGCCGGGCCUUUCUGCUGUCAUUUACCCGAUACAGCACGAAGACCUGCCUUCCGUCAUCAGAGACAUCCCCCUCACUCUGUUGGACAGCACCACCUUAUUUCAGAGUCACGUGGCCCAGCCGCCUCGUCUGUCACCCUGGUGAUGACAACUCAUAAUACCUCCGCGCAAUUGGUGCUGCUGAAGUUGAUGGUUGAAAAGAAUGUUACUGAGAGUUUAGAGUGAGGUGUACUGUUUAAAAAAAUGCUGUUUUAAUUUUGCCUUAUGUUUUUGCUGCAAAAAUAGCAUGCCACUCUUUUAUAAAUACAAAAUUAAAGGAUGUACA